AAUUCUUUUUAAACUUUGAAAGACUUAAGUAGUUUGUAAAAAAACACCCAAAUCCCAAUUCUGCUCCUCCCUCUGUAUUUUUAAAAGAAUGUGAAAAAUUCAUUAUUUAUGAAACAAUCACACAAGACAUAUUUCAUAGACUCCCCAACUUUGAAACACGGAUAGAGAGAAAAUAUACAUUAAAAAUUCAUGUUCAUUGCAAUGUGCGAAACCAGUUUCAAAACAUAACCCUUAUUUUUUCCGCCGUAAACUAAUAAAAUCAAUUAGACUCUCUGAUUGAACGCUUAUUUAGAAAAAAAAUUAAACGGUUUGGUAGGUGCUCUAGGAUAACCCUUCUCCCCCUCCUUUUGCCCACGCACCCAUUUAGACUGGCAAGCCUAUUUUCAUUUUAUUUCAAAGAUUUUUUUUUUUUUAAAGCGAAGGCAGGGGACGGCGGGGGUUGCUAAAUUUAUCUUCUUCUCCAGCCAUGGGGAUGAAGAAAACACAUUUACUGCGGGCGGGGGUCUGAGGGCCUGCAAACAACUCGAGCAGGCGCUUCGGCCAGGACCGGCGCGGAGAGGCGGUAGGUCUCCGGGGAGGGCCCGGGGGGCGGCCGCGGCCCACAGGAGAUGGUGGGGGGCGGCCGGGCCGGGUGCGGGCCGCCUGCCUCUCCGUGGGGUCGGCGGACCACGGCCCCGCGCGGGCUUUACGGCCGAGGCGGCGGCAGCGGCGCGUGUGUAGCGGCGGCGGCGGGCGGGAGCGCGGAGGAGGUGGAAAGAAGGGGGGCGCUGUCACGGAGACUUCGGCCGCCGGAGACCCCGCCGCAGCGAGGCCACUGGGCUCCCCGGUCGCAGGGCGUGAGCGCGCCAACCGGGACACCAGGGAGACACACCGGGCGAAGGAGGGGGCCUAUGUACCCUUCCGCAUUUUCCUGGGUCUCUCUCCCGGGCGGUGACGUGACGUGCUGACGGCGGGCCCGUGCCGGGGAGCUGGGCCGCUUUUUGUCAGCUCCGAGCUCGGCCCCUCCUCCCUCCCUCCGCCCGCCCCACCAGCCGGAGCCCGGCCCAGUGCUCCAGAGAAAGGCCGGCCUGCAGCACCCGCCACCGUCGCCGACCGCCCGCACGCCCGUCCGGAGCUGUGACUGAUGAGAAUUAAAGGCCAUGGAUGAAGAUGGACUUGAAUUACAACCACAAGAGCCAAACUCAUAUUUUGAUGCAACAGGAGCUGAUGCUACACACAUGGAUGGUGAUCAAAUUGUUGUGGAAGUACAAGAAACUGUUUUUGUUUCAGAUGUUGUGGAUUCAGACAUAACUGUGCAUAACUUUGUUCCUGAUGACCCAGACUCAGUUGUAAUCCAAGAUGUUAUCGAGGACGUUGUUAUAGAAGAUGUUCAAUGUCCAGAUAUCAUGGAAGAAGCAGAUGUAUCUGAAACGGUCAUCAUUCCUGAGCAAGUGCUGGACUCAGAUGUAACCGAAGAAGUUUCUUUAGCACAUUGCACAGUCCCAGAUGAUGUUUUAGCUUCUGAUAUUACUUCAGCCUCAAUGUCUAUGCCAGAACACGUCUUGACGAGUGAAUCCAUACAUGUGUCUGAUGUUGGACAUGUUGAACACGUUGUUCAUGAUAGUGUAGUAGAGGCAGAGAUCGUCACUGAUCCUCUGACAGCUGACGUAGUGUCAGAAGAAGUAUUGGUAGCAGAUUGUGCCUCUGAAGCAAUCAUAGAUGCCAAUGGGAUUCCUGUGGACCAGCAAGAUGAUGACAAAAGCAACUGUGAGGACUACCUUAUGAUUUCCUUGGAUGAUGCUGGCAAAAUAGAACACGACGGUUCCUCUGGAAUGACCAUGGAUGCAGAGUCGGAAAUCGAUCCUUGUAAAGUGGAUGGCACUUGCCCUGAAGUCAUCAAGGUGUACAUUUUUAAAGCUGACCCUGGAGAGGAUGACUUAGGUGGCACUGUAGACAUUGUGGAGAGUGAGCCUGAGAAUGAUCAUGGAGUUGAACUACUUGAUCAAAAUAGCAGUAUUCGUGUGCCAAGGGAAAAGAUGGUUUAUAUGACUGUCAACGACUCUCAGCAAGAAGAUGAAGAUUUAAAUGUUGCAGAAAUUGCAGACGAAGUUUAUAUGGAAGUGAUUGUAGGAGAGGAGGAUGCCGCUGCCGCAGCGGCAGCCGCUGCCGCGCAUGAACAGCAAAUCGAUGACAAUGAAAUCAAAACUUUCAUGCCGAUAGCAUGGGCAGCAGCUUACGGUAAUAAUUCUGAUGGAAUUGAAAACCGGAAUGGCACUGCAAGUGCCCUCUUGCACAUAGAUGAGUCUGCUGGGCUUGGCAGACUGGCUAAACAAAAACCAAAGAAAAGGAGAAGACCUGAUUCCAGGCAGUACCAAACAGCAAUAAUUAUUGGCCCUGAUGGACAUCCCUUGACUGUCUAUCCUUGCAUGAUUUGUGGGAAAAAGUUUAAGUCAAGAGGUUUUUUGAAAAGGCACAUGAAAAACCAUCCUGAACACCUUACCAAGAAGAAGUACCGCUGUACUGACUGUGAUUACACUACCAACAAGAAGAUAAGUUUACACAACCACCUGGAGAGCCACAAGCUGACCAGCAAGGCAGAGAAGGCCAUCGAAUGCGACGAAUGUGGGAAGCAUUUCUCUCACGCUGGGGCUUUGUUUACUCACAAAAUGGUGCAUAAGGAAAAAGGAGCCAACAAAAUGCACAAGUGUAAAUUCUGUGAAUAUGAGACAGCUGAACAAGGGUUGUUGAAUCGCCACCUUUUGGCGGUCCACAGCAAGAACUUUCCUCAUAUAUGUGUGGAGUGCGGUAAAGGUUUUCGUCACCCAUCAGAGCUCAAAAAGCACAUGCGAAUCCAUACUGGGGAGAAGCCGUACCAAUGCCAGUACUGCGAAUAUAGGUCUGCAGACUCUUCUAACUUGAAAACGCAUGUAAAAACUAAGCAUAGUAAAGAGAUGCCAUUCAAGUGUGACAUUUGUCUUCUGACUUUCUCAGAUACCAAAGAGGUGCAGCAACAUGCUCUUAUCCACCAAGAAAGCAAAACACACCAGUGUUUGCAUUGCGACCACAAGAGUUCGAACUCAAGCGAUUUGAAACGACACAUAAUUUCAGUUCACACAAAGGACUACCCCCAUAAGUGUGAUAUGUGUGAUAAAGGCUUUCACAGGCCUUCAGAACUCAAGAAACAUGUGGCUGCCCACAAGGGUAAAAAAAUGCACCAGUGUAGACAUUGUGACUUUAAGAUUGCAGAUCCGUUCGUUCUAAGUCGCCAUAUUCUCUCAGUUCACACAAAAGAUCUUCCGUUUAGGUGUAAGAGAUGUAGAAAGGGAUUUAGGCAACAGAAUGAGCUUAAAAAGCAUAUGAAGACACACAGUGGUAGGAAAGUAUAUCAGUGUGAGUACUGUGAGUAUAGCACUACAGAUGCCUCAGGCUUUAAACGGCACGUUAUCUCCAUUCAUACGAAAGACUAUCCCCACCGUUGUGAGUACUGCAAGAAAGGGUUCCGAAGACCUUCAGAAAAGAACCAGCACAUAAUGCGACAUCAUAAAGAAGUUGGCCUGCCCUAACAAUACUUCUACAGACUUUUGUAGAGAUGUUGGCCUUGAAGCAGAAAAUUCAUUUUAAAGCCACAGUCUCGUUCACAUACAAUACUGUAUAUUGAUUUAUGCUGUGUACAAAUAGAAUUAUUGCUUCUAGUUGACUUUUUUUUUUUUUACCAUUUGUUCAGUAGUGUGUUCUGAAUUCUAUUCAGUUUGUUUAAUAAAUGGGGAAAAGCAGCAACAAGCAAGUUGCAGCAACAAGCAAGUUGCAGCAACAAGCAAGUUGCAGCAACAAGCUUUUAAUAAAGUAAUCCCUGAUUCUAUACUGAGUUUUUCUAUCUUAGAAGUUUUAUAUUUAUUUAAAUAUUUACCUUGCUUACCUUGAUGGUACUCUUCUAAGACCAUUUAACUUAAAGUUAAGGUAAUUUUAGAUUGGUAACUCUGAAAGUAAUGUUGACUUAUUUUUUUUUUUCCCAUAAAUUUCUCACAAUCAAAUUGUCAGAGACAUCUACUAAUAUAAAUGGGAGAUUUUAUGGUCAGGUCUAAUUAUCCUAACAUGGGAGUCAUUUACUCAUCUUGUUUUAAUAUUUUCAGACCACAUGACAAUGAAAGUUUCCAUUUGAGCUUUUGUGUCCCUGGCAUCGCUGAGUAAAGAGCAGUGGCUGGGUUUGUGUUUACCUUUCGUUUUGUUCAGCAGACAGAAUAUACUUUUGGGGGUGCUUUCUUUGGAAUAUUUACAUCUUUUGUCAGCAUAGCAAACUUUCAGAAAACUUUAUUGAAAAAUUUUGCUUGAUCCUGUUGUAUUUUGUCUGUGCUACUUUGUGUUGGAAUGGUUGUGUGCUACAGAUGAGACUUACUGAGGACUGCAUUUGGAAUCUCCUAGAAGUAAUUCGUGGCUCGUAGGAUCUUUUGCAACUUUAUAUAUGUAAAUGUACCCUGAAUUAUGUAUAUGCACAUAUAUAUAACAUGUAUCUGUGUGUAUUGCUUAUUUUACAUAUUUAUACACACAACCCCAAGUAGUAGUUGUUGAAAAUCUAUAAUGAAAAGUAUUAAAUUUACAAUAACAUGAAAGACGCAGGGAUGCAUGAGAGAGCAUUUUGUAAAUCAUGCUCUUUGGAGAGAGACUACUCAGGUGAAGAAUUAGAAGGAAAAUAAGGACUAGUAUUUUUAAAGAGUAAAGGUAUUUUCUUUUAAAUAUCUUUGGUAACUGAAAAAUAGAAGUUAAGAUGUUUCUAGAUAGAAUGUUUUCAUAUAACUUCAGCUCCAUGCCUUUAUAUUUUUCAGAAAAGCUAAUGAGAAUCCAGACAUAACUCCCUCAGUUCUCUCUGAGAAGCUCAUGAAGGGAUUCUGUGUCCCCAAGUGAGGGGACUAAGGAAGCAGUUGCUCCAUGUACCACAGAAUGGGUGCUAAUUACGACUUACACUGGGCAAGUUCAGCCUGCUCUGUUACUUCUUCGUUACAGCUGGCAACCUUUCAAAAACUUAACACUCAAGCUGGCUUUGAUUAGAAGAUAAAGGUGUGUUUUAAGUGCAUGAGGAAAAUCUGAGGCCUUAUUUGGAACAUCACCAAGUCUUUCACAGUUUCGUUUUUCUUUGAAAGUUAACACUUUUUAACAGAGAGUUCUGAAUCAGAGUCAUAAAUUCAUAAAGUGAACUUGGUUAGUUAGAAUUUGGUUAUGUUAAGAUGAAUCUUGGAGAACUGAGAACAGGUUUUGGGAUCCCUUAAAUUGGCUGUCGGCACAUGAGUAUCUGGUACAACAUGGGAGAUUUUGGAGUUUUCUCCCCACUUGUUAGCUGCCUUGCCAGUUCUUUAUGGUGUUCCAUCCCCCUUGUGCUAUUAGGUUUUUAGCUUUCAUCUUUCUCUUUGCCGUUGAUAUUUGUAUGCAAGAGUUAUAUUUAUAGGGUUAGAAAUCUAAUAUUUGGUGUUUGGCAAGCCUCUGAAGUGCUAGGUUGAUUUAGUCCAGUUCUAAAUCAAGUGCUUUAGGCUGGUAUAACUCCAUCCUGAAUGCCAGUCAAAGCCAAGGCAUAGGAAUGCCUGUGCCCUCUUGGCCCCCGUAACGUGCUUUUUUUUUAAAAGUAACUUAACCAUCGUGUGAUUCAUUGCCCUGCAGUACUAUUGAAAGCUCUGUCUGUUUUUUUGUGAGAACCUUUAAAAUCUCCCUUAAUUUUUAUUUUUCCCAGAAAUAAUAUAAAAGAAAACAGUUAAAUGAAUGUGGAAAUUUGUUGAUUUUUAAACAUCCAUAAAAAUUAAUAUAAAACAUAUAAAUAAUUGGUCAUGUUUUUUUUUUUUCAUGUUUUUUUUAAAUAAACUGAAAGAUAAAGAACACAACAAUUUACACACUUUCUAUUUCUCUUACAUGGAUGGUCUGGAAUCAUACACAGUUCUGUUCUUUUUAAAGCACAAUAUUGAAACCUUUAAAAGGUAUUUAAGGGUUUGGUCAAGUGAAUAUGGUAAAAUGUAUUUGUCUGUAUAAAGAGAAAAAAAAUUGUAGUCACUGUUAUGUACUGACAUUAGUUACAACCUAGUUUUAAUUCUUAAAACAAUUUUGAUUAGCAAAGCUAAAAAAAAAAAUGGUUGUUUCAGUUAAAUGUUUUAAAGAGGUACAGAUUUUUACAAGGACAUAAUAUAAGUUAUUGUUCUGUAGAAAUAUCCUUAAAUAUUGUAUGUCCCUCCCUCUGUACACUUUGUAAAAAAGGUAAAAUACAUAAAAAGAAAAUCAUAUAGGGAUGUGUGACAUUAUUGUAAUUGUGUACUUGAGAAUAACGUGCAAAAAUAAAAAUCAGAAUAUUUUCCUGUUAAUGUUUAGUCUAUUUGAUACCAGUACUAAGUUAAUGCUUUUUCUUAAGAAAAAAAAAUGUACAGUUUUUGUAAACCUAAUAAACAUCAAAAGCAGUGGA